AUGUUCAGACAUUGUGGGCACAUUAUCUCCCGCAGCCAGACUAGGACACAGUAGUUGUAACUCAGAUCACAGAGUACCUUCGAUCUUCAAAGCUGACCACAAGCAAUCAUCCCUGAAUAGAUCACUGUCACUCUCACAUCUUGGAUUACAGCCAUGUUUUCAAUUGCUUUUCAUACCUAGAUAAUCCUUAAACAGGAGCAAAAAGGAUUUCAGACUCUUGUCUAUACGAACAUUUAGGACUGAGCAACUGUGGAAAUCCUCUGCUUUUUCCUGCUGAAAAUAUUGUGAUCUCAUACAAGUAUUACCUUAAAUAAUGGCCAGCUGAGGAUAUAGCAAGGAAAAAAAGUAAAUCCGGCAGUAAGAUCAUUUUCACCUUCAGAAACAAGACCUUUCACUAAUCAUAACAGGGUUUGAUGUCAUUUAUUUUUCUUUAUUGGCACUGAACCAUGAGAAGAGUUUAAGUUUAUGUACUUUGGAAUCAUUUCAAUAUAACUCCAGCUGUACAACUUCUUCUGGUGGAGGUGGAGUUUCUUUUAUCUCAACCAUCUCUCAGGAGAUGAGAAGCCAAAUGAGAAAAUGGUUCAUUGGAUAUGGGGCAACUUUAGACUGAAACAGUACAAAGUGGUAACUACUGCCUGACUGAUGGUGAAACUGGAUUUACCCCAUAACCAGAGAAGCCUAUCAAUGAGGGGAAAUCCACUGGUUGGAAUUAACAAACCCAUAGCUGUCAGUUACUACGCUGCUGAGAAUAACCAUGGGAUCUGUCAGAACAGUCGCUCUUUUGUUCCUUUUUCUUGUUAUAGAGGUUUCUGCUUCACUACAGUUUGAAGAUGAAGAAGAAGAAGAAGAAGACAAGCCCAUUGAAGACUCGUCUAAUACCUUAGGCAACACCCGAACUAAAAUCAUGACAGCUCAGUUUGAAUGUUACCAGAGUUUUCUAAAGGAAAGUCCUAUAAGGGAAGGAUCCUAUUGUAACAGAACAUGGGAUGGUUGGUUAUGUUGGGGAGAUGUUCCUGCUGGACAAGUAUCAACACAGUACUGUCCCAGCUAUUACCAGGACUUUGAUCCAGCUGAGAAGGUAACAAAGAUUUGCCAAAGUGAUGGAAGCUGGUUUCGACAUCCAUUGAGUAACAGGACAUGGACAAAUUAUACUUUAUGCAGCUCUCACAUAGGAGAAAAAUUAAAGACAGCACUGAGUUUAUACUACCUAACCAUCACUGGCCAUGGACUUUCCAUAGUAUCACUGGUCAUAUCCCUUGGCAUCUUCUUUUACUUCAAAAGUCUAAACUGCCAGCGGAUAAAACUACACAAAAACCUAUUUUUCUCUUUUAUUUUCAACUCUGUAAUCACAGUAAUCUGGCUGACUUCAGUGGCUCCAAAUAGGAGUCUUGUGGCAAUGAAUCCCAUAAGCUGUAAAAUCUGUAUGUCCAUCCAUCUUUACCUGAUGGUCUGUAACUACUUCUGGAUGUUAUGUGAAGGUAUUUAUCUGCAUACGCUUAUCGUUGUGGCUGUGUUUGCCGAGAAACAGCACCUGAUGUGGUAUUACCUGCUUGGAUGGGGCUUCCCACUUAUUCCAACAACCAUUCAUGCUGUAGCAAGGACUAUGUAUUACAAUGACAAUUGCUGGCUUAGCAGUGAUACUCAUCUGCUGUAUAUUAUCCAUGGACCCAUAGCUGCUGCAUUCUUGGUAAAUCUAUUUUUCCUGCUGAAUAUUGUCCGUGUCCUUAUAACUAAGUUGAAAGUCACACAUCAGGCUGAAUCAAAUCUCUACAUGAAAGCAGUUCGAGCUACACUUAUUUUAGUACCUCUGCUUGGCAUUCACUUAGUGCUGAUUCCAUGGCGACCGGAAGGCCAUAUUGCUGGUGAGAUCCAUGACUAUAUGAUGAACAUCUCAAUGAAUUUUCAGGGAUUGCUCGUGGCUACUAUUUUCUGCUUUUUCAAUGGAGAGGUCCAAGCAGUUUUAAAAAGGCACUGGAGUCAGUAUAACAUCCAGUUUGGAAAUGGCUUUACACACUCAGAUACUCUCCGUUCUGCAUCUUAUACUGUCUCGUCAUCGAUUACUGAGGUCCCUGGGUGCAUGUACAACCAUGAGUGUAGUACUGAGCACUUAAAUGGAAAGAGUUGUCACGACAUGGAAAAUAUUGUACCAAAAUCGGAAAACUACUAUGCUUGAUUGGGUUAAAGAUUAGACUAACUUGGAGGUUUUUGGAUUUUACUGAGACAUUUAAAUUUUCCCCGACAGAGACAUUAGAAGACUUGGUAAACUUGGCAUUUUCCUCCAAGCAGAAUUCAGCCAGUCCACUAUUGUAUUUCACACUUUUCCAUGCAGAUACAUAUAUACAGACAUAUAAAUACACGGAUCAAACUAAUCGUGUUACUCUUGUCUUUUCAUGCUCUACUGUGUAGACCUGAUUGGCAAUUCUUUGUAUGAGGGUGAGAAAGAUGGACUAUUUUUAACACCAUUUUCUAUAGACUUGUAUGCUAUUUCAAGUUGUUCCAAAAAUUAUUUAAUUCAACAGAAUACUGUUAUUGUACUCUUUCUGGAUUUAAAUUAGUAAACAGUACACUUGGAAUAAAAAGUAAUUUCAUUUAA